AUCCUCUCGUCUGAUCGUCUCCACUAUCCACCAAUCAACCAACCGUUCCAGAGAUGUGCUCCUGCGCCGGCGCGCGCCUCCCCCGCCUGCUCUUCAAGCCCGUACCAAGCUCGAAGCCCAGGCCCGCGCCCCCGCACGGCCCUACCCCAGCCCGGCACGCCCUCGUCGCCGCGCGCGCGGCUGCCCGGGACGACGCGCCCGCGCCGCCGUCCAGCUUCGACUUCCUCGCGCUGAAGCGGGAGCUCGAGGCGGAGGAGGAAGAAGCGGUGGCGGUAGCUGUGGAGAUGAAGGAUGUAGGAGAGAGAGACGGAGAUGUGAGCGAGGUCGAUGGUGAGAGGGAGGCGGAGAGGAGUGGGGGCAUGAGGAGGAGGCGGCGGCGGAUGCAGAUGGCGAGGCGGUCGGCGCUGCUCGCGAAGCAGGUAGUAAGCGUGCGCUCAGCGCGGAGCCUCGGGUUCGUGUCGCAGCUCUGGGUCGACCCCGCCUCGUGGGUUGUUGCGUUGGUUGAUGUGAGGCCAAGCUUGCUUUCAGGAGAAGCAGAGAAAUUCCUUUUUGAGGACAUAUAUCAGGUUGGAGAUGUGGUGCUUGUUGAGGAUGAGUCUGUGAUCGAGAACGAACUUAAACUGGCUGGACUGCACAGCUUGGUGGGCUACAAUGUUGUAACUUCCAGGCGGCGCAAUGUUGGUAAGGUGCGUGGCUUCACAUUUGACAUCAACUCAGGCGCUAUGGAGUCUCUUGAGCUUGACUCAUUCGGGCUCUCUAUUGUCCCUUCUAGUCUGGUAAGCACAUACUGUUUAUUUGUGGAAGAUGUGCUAGAUAUAGUCUCUGAUACAAUCGUGGUGCAUGAAGACGCGGUCUCUCGGGUUCAACGGUUAACACAGGGCAUUUGGGGCGCUCAAAACAUCCGCGGAUCUGGUCGUGAGAUCGACGAGUACAGUAAAUUUGUGAACAGGAGAAGACGAAAUAGUCAGGGAAAGUUCGGUGGCCGAAAACUCCGUAGGAAAACGAGGGAUCCGGAGGAUGAGUGGGAGCUGCCAAUGGAUUAUUGACACAUCGUACUAGCUGCAGCUUUGCAGGACGAGAAGAAUUUCCCCUGCUACUAUUCUAGUUAGUGCCAUUUUUCUUGCUGCAAUAGUCAAUACUAGGAUAUGGUUUGAGGAUCACGAUUCACGAAAGGGUGGCCCUUUCUACCUGGUCAUCUUUUAGUCGCUUUGGUCCAGUGGGUUAGUGAAAAGCGGAGUUCAUUUGUCAUGUAAUAUGAUGGAGCCCCGUUUGACUUCGUCGACGCUGAAAUGCAUAACUGUAAUCAUUUAGUGA